UACGCGGAUUCAUUCUAAUUGAAUUGUUUGUAACUUUAAGAGACUCGAUUGUGUUGUGCGCUUAUUGGAAAUACGCUAAAAUUUUAAUUUAGGAAUAUAACCACUUCGCGCUCUAAGGUGGUACAUAUUACGGGCAAGCGUGUUUCGGUAAUAAAGUGGUAGCUUAAAGUGCGAGAAUUGUUUUAAGACUUCAAUUAAAUACAAAUAAAACGAUGUGUGGCCUAUUUUAGGCAAAUUCAUUUAGUCCGACGAUGAAAUCACAAAAAAAUAUAUAAAUUGUGUGGAACUCAUUUAGUGAUGCAAAGUAAGAGCAGGUAAAACAGCUGUUUCAUGUACAUUAUUUAACUGGUCUGGCAGCUCUACAUCAUUAGUGGAGCGCUUUAAGUUGUGUUAGCUACAAAAAAUUGCGUUACAUUUUGUUUUUGAAUUAGAACUAGAAUGCGCGUUUGUGACAAAAUGUUAGCGGCUGCAUAAUUUACCUCCGAUUUUCAAGUUUACAAUUCGACGCUUAACAACACUGCCCAUGUUGCCAUACUACUCUCACCCUCGGCGCGCGCUGCAGGUGAUCGUGUCGUUGUACUCACUCACACAUGCCCGCAUAUUAGUGAGAUCGCUGUGAGUUUUGUGUGCGUGCAGAAAACAUAAACAUUUUAAGUAUUUGUUGGAGAAUCCCGUGCUGGUAUGUUUGUUUAAGCCGAAUUCACUGCUGCUAAAUCUGAGGGCUGGCUAAGAUGCACACCGGCAGCAGCGGCCUAGGCAUGGGCACCAGCAAAGUUGUAGCGACGCUCCGCGCUGAUGGAAAUGUGUAUCCAACGGAAGCGCAAGCGCCGUUCGCUCAGCUCUCCAAUUUGACGGGCUACGAGAUUCGCACCGAGAAUGAACUCCUAUUGAACAAGGGCAACAUAAUUAAUGCCACCACAGUCGUCGACUUGGGAAAACAGUUGCUGCAGUGUGCGCGAGACAGCGAUGUAGCGGGCGUGAAAGCGGCAUUGGGUCACGGUGCGCCCUUUGCCUCGGACUGGUUGGGCAUGUCGGCGCUUCACUUUGCGGCCAUGAACAAUCAAGUGGAAAUCUGCGAAAUCCUGCUAAAAGGUGGCAUUAACAUAGAUGCUAAAACGAAGGUCGAUCGAACACCACUGCACUUGGCCUGUUACUAUGGCAACGUACAAAUUGUGGUCCUGCUUUUGUCCAAAAAGUGUGCAGUGAACACACGUGAUAUGCUACGGAUGACUCCGUUGCACUGGGCCGUGGAAAAGAGGCACAAAGAAAUUGUCCGGUUGCUACUGUUAUUUAAUGCGGAUGUUACUUUAGCAUCAAAGUUUGGUAAAACGCCAAUUGGACUCGCUGUGCUCACAGAGCAGGCAGACAUCCUGGCCGAGUUGGAAGCAGCGCGCCGGGCUCAGGCGAACCGUGUGCUCAACGAGGAGACCGAGCGAAAGAAAUUUGAGAGCAAAAAGGAAACCAGUGAGGCAGUCAAUUCGAUUAUGGAGGAACCGGAGCCCGCCAAGAGCGUGGAAGAAGGAGACAUGUCUGUAGAAGAUAGGAUGGAUGUUCUCGAAAACUUGCGCAGACAUACAAAUAUGCUGGGAGAUUCGGCAUUGAAUAUGCUUAAGACACAUGGCAUUGCCGACAUGAUGCAGGACAACGACGAUGAUGCCUCAAAGGAAAUGCUUAACACAGCGCUGCAAAACGGAAGACAACUGGUGCUCUCUGAGGGAGGCCGAAUGCUGCUGCACGAAACGAAAACGAAGCCAGGUACAAAUGGCAUCAUCAGCAAUAGCCAAAAUAAAAAUAACAACAACUUGGGCAAAGCCGUUCCCUCUCGGCCCAUCUCAAAUCAGUCGCCUCAAAAAAUACGCAUGAAUGUUAUCAAAAGAAGCGAAGCAUCAACAACCGCAACGACAGGGGUGACAAAGAAUAAGAACAUACGUAUAAUAUCGUUGAGCGAUUUUAAAAAGCUUUGCCGCAGGGAUAGUCAAACAAAAUGCAUUCAAAAAAUACCUGCAACGCUCGCGAGCUCCGGCGUAAUACGUCAGCUCUCCGAUGGCACGAAACUGGUCAACAUGCGGCAAGUGCAGUCUCGCCAGCUUAAACUGCCCACAGUACAUAAGAAAGGGGAAGGCGGAGCCAUUGAAGAUCAGCAACAGAUGUCAAAUGAUGCCAUUACCCCAGCCACAAACAGUCCAGCUACGACGAGUACCCGCGGCCAGGUGGGCACUGUGCAAACGUUGCAGUUGCGGCCAUUAUCCUCAACAGGUGUUUCCGUUGUUACCAAUAAUGGUACUACCACUAAAACAACAACACCUACAACGUUUCGUACCAAUAUGCGCAGCGAAUCGAGCACAAUGAAGGCGCCCAAUGUCAUGCCACUACUGUCAUCAUCCGAGAUCUGCCGGCAACUGCAUGAACUGCGGCGUCAAAACGAAGAGCUGCGUCGUCGCUUUGAUCUGGUGGAGAGGGAGAAGGAGGAAAUGCUGCAUCGAAUUGAACAACUAGAGCAGCUGAUAAUUGUCCGCGACUCCGAGCCGGAUGUGGAAUUUGUAGUUUAGUACAUGUUUUGACUUAGCCGGACUGUAUAUAUGGAACAUAGUACGUACGAAAUAUCAAUUUUCUCUAUUAAUUAGAAUUUAAACACUUUUCGACUGCUUCCCCAUAUUUUGGCCUCCGUUUUGAAACUAGUAAUUUCAUUUAAACACAUCGAUAAAUUAACAAUUAGGCUAAAUGUAAUUAAGUGAUGUACAAUUAAACGCAAAUGUUAGCAGAGAAAAUGAA